AUGUCAUAUACGCACCGACAGCGACCCUAUAAUCCUCGCCGCCACGCCCAACCUAUUGCAUACCGCUCUCCAUUAUCCUCUCAGCCUGCAGCCAAUGUAUUGAGCCGACCACAUGCCAUGCAUCCCAACCUCCAAAAGCUAAGAAUCGACCCACCCGUUCUCCUACUACUCACCCUCUGUAUUGUCGCCUUACUCCUUUGGCUCUCAUACGGCAUCUACCAUUCUGUCAAAUGGUACAUCCAUAGAUUACGAACUGUCAGAUAUGGCUUGGAAGAAAUGCCAAAUCCCGACAUUAAUAUGGCUAAAAUUGAUGGACGACCAUAUUCGAGCGAGAAGAAGGGGAUGAUAAAAUUCGGGCAGGCAGUGAGAUGGUUGCACCUUACACCGACAAAGGAGGGAUAUGUCAAGUUGGAACACGCUUGGAAUGGCAACCAAGAUCUAUCACGACACCAGAGUGUAUCGAGUGGAAAUGCAUUGAUGAUGCGGGGAGACGAUUGCAAGAGAGUUCAAGGCUUCGGCUGUAGAAGGACGAGCGCUGUUUGA